AUGGAGCAAAUUCAGGAAACGUAUAAGGAGGACACUGUGAGAGUGAUGGAGGCUAGAGAUCACUCAGGGAAAGAUAAUAUCUCUUUGCCACAGGCUGACCCUAGAAGCCCUGCUGCUCCAGCGGAGGAAAUUCUAGUAGCGAAUAAGGAAGGUUUGGACAUUACAGAGAAGAAAAUUCGAGAUACUAGAAAGGAAAGUUUGGGUAAUAUAUUAGAGGAUAUUCGAGAGACUAGUAAGGAAACUACGGAGAUUGCAUUUAUGGCGAUUACCAAUGAUCAUGAGUAUGUUCGUGUUGGUAAUAGCGGUACAUCUUUGGAUGGUGAUAGAGGUCUAUAUUGUGCUAAGGAACCACCUGAUAAAGGCUUCCACUUUGAUGACGAGGUUACUACUAAUCUUGCAUGUGUUGAAAUUGACUCAAUUGAGAUUAACUUGCAAGUGGAGGAUUAUAACCAUUCAGGCAUUGUUACUAGAUCCAAAUCUAGGAAGCAAUCUUUACCCCAAAUUUCUUAUGAUUAA